UAAAUAAUGAAUACAAAAAUUUCUCUUUACAACAAGAAAUUCUUCCAUUGCGAUCGUAACGUAUGCCACCUGAAAUAGCAAAGCAAUUUUUAUUAUGAAACAUUUCUUGCUGUGACAGUGACAAGACACUAUCAGCUGAUAAUGUUUUUAAAAAUUUUAAAUAAUUUUUAUAAAUAUAAAAGAAAAUUUCUCAGUUUUCGCAAUUAUGGUAUAAAAACAAAUAAUGAGGAAGUAAAAUUGUUAUUCUUCGGCACCGAUAAUUUUUCCUUACCAACACUUAAAAUUUUACACAAGAAUUGUAGCGGACAUGGAGACUUAGGGGUGGUGACUUCGUUUAAAAAUCCUGCUAAUUGUGUUAAAGAGUACGCCCAACAGCAUAACCUGCCGUUAUACAAAUGGCCUGUUUCGCCUGGUGACUGCCAGCCUUACGAUAUAGGUGUAGUAGUUUCAUUUGGCCAUUUAAUACCGACUUCAGUAAUCCAAGCAUUUCCUUUGGGCGUGAUUAACGUGCAUGCUAGCUUGCUACCAAGAUGGCGGGGUGCAGCUCCAAUUAUUCAUGCUAUAAUGAAUGGUGAUACGGAGACUGGCGUCAGCAUUAUGAGAAUUGAACCCAAGCGCUUUGAUGUGGGUGGUGUCUUUGCUCAAUGCUGUGUUCCUAUCAAACCGUACGUGCUCAUGCCCGAAUUGCAUACACAACUGGCUGAAGAGGGUGCUAAAUUAUUAAUGAACGUAAUCAGAACUUAUCCUCAAAGCUUCGAGAAAGUAGAGAUGCAAAAUGAGGAUAAAGUGACUUAUGCUCCAAAAAUUACCGAUCGACUUACGGAAGCGAACUGGUUAAGGAUGUCAUCUUUGCAGUUAUAUAAUCGAUAUCGUGCUUUGUAUGGUUAUAAAAUGUUAAAUACAAAAUUUUUGGGAAAAAACGUAAACUUAGUAGAUGUACGCCUUCCAUCAAGUAAUGCUACGGACGUAAUAUCCAACAACUUUCCAGAUUAUAAACAGCCUGGUAGUUUUGUUUUCUCUAAAGAACUAAAAUGUUUAUUGGUCUUGUGCGCUCAACGCACACAUAUCGAAGUUCAUCAAUUGCGUUUAGAAGGUAAAAAAACCAUGACUGCUGCCGAUUUUAACAAUGGUUUUAUUAAAAAACUAAACGGCGAGAAUUUAACAUUUACAUGUAAUAAAAGUUCAGUUUUUAUAUAAAGAAGAAGCAUAU